ACAAACCAGGCAUGAGGCUGCUGACGCAAGCCAACAGCACCCUGCUGAUGGAGGAGCUGGCCCUGGAUGAGAAACUUCCCCGAGGCUGGCACUCCAAGGGCAUCGUCACACCCAGCCAGGGUCUCCAAGGUUCCAGCGGCAUCAUGAUGGACAGUACCAACAUCCUGGGAGUCCAGGUCAUACUGAUCGCAGCUUACUCCCUAAUCAUUCUGCUAGGAUUCAUCGGCAACUCCUUAGUGAUCUACACAAUAGUGAAAUAUAAAACCAUGAGGACUGUCACCAACUUCUUCAUUGCUAACCUGGCCCUGGCUGACCUCAUGGUGGACACUCUCUGUUUGCCUUUCACCUUGGUAUACACACUGCUGGAUGAGUGGAAGUUUGGGGCCGCUCUGUGUCAUCUGGUCCCUUAUGCCCAAGCUUUGAGUGUCCACGUGUCCACCCUCACCUUAACCGUGAUAGCUCUGGAUAGGUACAGAUGCAUUGUUUUCCACUUGGACAGCAGGAUCUCCAGGAGGCUCAGUUUCACAAUCAUAGCCACUACGUGGCUGGCAGGUGCGGUACUGGCCGGCCCGCUGGCCAUCUUCAGAGAGUACCGGUAUGAGGAAAUCCCAUCUAUCAACCUCAGAAUAGCCGUCUGUUCUGAGAAGUGGCCUUCUGGAAAUAACAGAGAUGCCACCAUUUACAGCCUUUCCAUGCUCCUUCUGCAGUACAUCCUUCCGCUGGCCAUUAUUUGCUAUGCCUACAUCAGGAUCUGGUUCAAGCUGAAAAAUCAUAUCAGCCCCACCUCCAGCAACGAAAGCCAAUGCCGGAGAAAGAAGACGACAAAAAUGCUCGUGAUGGUGGUGGUAGUGUUUGCCGUUUGCUGGCUCCCCUUCCACAUCUUCCAGCUUGCCAUCGACUUGGAUUUGGUGCUCAUCUUCCAUGAGUACAAACUCCUUUACACCGUCUUCCACGUAGUGGCCAUGUGCUCCACAUUUGUAAACCCCUUCCUCUAUGGCUGGAUGAACAAGAACUACCGGAACGGGUUCCUCAUGUUCUUCAGCUGCCAGAACAAGCCUGAGAGCAUCUACACUGACGGUUCCGUUAGACGCCGGUCUUAUACCUUCAAGGCCAACACUCUGAACGGCAGCAUCAAGCACUCUGCCGGCAAUGGGCAGUUGCCGACGGAGGUAUAGAAAUGGAAAAACCCAUUAUCCGCAGGGGCAGACACUGAUCAACCCUGAACGCCUCUUCCCGGGACUGACAACUUUUGGAGGCAAAUAUUGUGUGGCCAAAAUAUUCUUGCUACCGUGGCUAAAUGAAAGAACCUGCUUCAUCUAUCAAAACCAUCAACUGGGUGUACCGUCCGUUCUAUCUUGGUUAAGUUUCUGUGCUUUCCUGGCCACAGGCACAGAGAGCAGUUUGUUUGUACGUAAACAUGAAAUGCGUUAUACGAAGGAUAUUUCCAUUUAAAAAAGGAGGGAAUUCUCUUCUGCUGUGUGCUGUGCAAAAGCUUCCAUUCACUGAAUUCCACCACCAAUAUGGAAUCAACUGAGCCUGGGGCACAUUAAAUAUAUUCUUGUAU